AUGCUUCUCAAAUAUAGGCCUGAAGACAGGGUUCAGAAGAAAGAACGUCUUUUGAAAAGAGCUCAAGCUGAGGCUGAAGGAAAAACUCCAGAACUGAAGAAACCCAUUGUGGUUAAGUAUGGCCUUAACCAUAACAAAGCUCAGUUGGUGGUUAUUGCACAUGAUGUUGAUCCAAUUGAGUUGGUUGUCUGGCUUCCAGCUUUGUGCCGGAAGAUGGAGAUCCCGUACUGUAUUGUGAAGGGGAAAGCUAUGCUGGGCACUAUUGUUCACAAGAAGACUGCCUCUGUUUUAUGCUUGACCUCGGUUAAGAAUGAAGAUAAGUUAGAGUUCAGCAAGAUUCUGGAGGCCAUCAAGGCUAAUUUCAAUGAUAAGUACGAUGAGUUGCGUAAGAAAUGGGGCGGUGGUGUCAUGGGAUCCAAGUCUCAGGCCAAAACAAAGGCUAAGGAGAGGCUUCUUGCAAAGGAGGCUGCACAGCUAUUGACUUGA